UAAAUCUCCCGCCUUCCGCAGGGGGAGCCUGACACCUCCACGCACUGGUGCGGAGGGGCACUGGCUGCCGGAGGGCCGGGAGUCGGCGCGGGGCUCGCGGGCGGUGGCCGGAACGGGUGCCGGGACGGAUCCCCGCGCGGCCGAACGCGACCCGAGGCGGCGGAGGAGCGGUGCCGGCGACGUACUGUAAGACGAUAUUACUUUAAUCAUCUUCACAUCAGUAUUUAUGGAAUAGCCACAGGUGCCUCAUCCUUUAGUAGGAGUUAAUUAUAUAUUUACUGGCCGAGUAAACAUCUCCGAAUGUCACUCCAUGGAUUCCUUUGGGCAACCCAGACCAGAAGAUAAUCAGUCAGUAGUCAGCAGAAUGCAAAAGAAAUACUGGAAAACUAAACAGGUCUUUAUCAAAGCAACAGGAAAAAAAGAGGAUGAGCACUUGGUGGCGUCUGAUGCUGAACUGGAUGCUAAACUUGAGGUUUUUCACUCCGUUCAAGAGACAUGCACUGAACUUCUGAAGAUAGUCGAGAAAUACCAGCUAAGACUCAAUGUUAUAUCAGAGGAAGAAAAUGAGCUAGGGCUCUUUUUAAAGUUUCAAGCAGAACGGGAUGCAACUCAAGCUGGCAAAAUGAUGGAUGCCACUGGCAAGGCACUUUGUUCUUCAGCCAAGCAAAGAUUGGCCCUGUGUACUCCACUGUCUCGUCUGAAGCAAGAAGUAGCAACAUUCAGUCAAAGGGCAGUAUCUGAUACCUUGAUGACAAUUAAUCGGAUGGAGCAGGCGCGCACAGAAUACAGAGGAGCUCUGCUGUGGAUGAAAGAUGUAUCCCAAGAGCUGGACCCAGACACCUUAAAGCAAAUGGAAAAGUUUAGAAAAGUACAGAUGCAAGUGAGAAAUAGCAAAGCUUCUUUUGACAAGUUAAAGAUGGAUGUUUGUCAGAAAGUGGAUUUACUUGGAGCUAGUCGCUGCAAUAUGCUAUCUCAUUCGCUCACUACCUACCAGAGAACACUGCUUGGAUUCUGGGAGAAAACAGCUCGAAUGAUGUCCCAAAUUCAUGAAGCCUGUAUUGGCUUUCAUCCGUAUGAUUUUGUAGCUCUCAAGCAACUACAAGACACUCCAGGCAAGCUUACUGAAGACAAUAAAGAUGAACAAAUAGGCGGUUUUCUUACUGAACAGCUCAAUAAGCUAGUUUUGUCUGAUGAGGAAGCAAGCUUUGAGAGUGAACAAGCAAACAAAGAUCACAAUGAAAAACAUUCUCAAAUGAGAGAAUUUGGAGCACCUCAGUUUUCUAACUCUGAAAAUGUUGCAAAAGAUCUACCUGUAGAUUCAUUGGAAGGAGAAGAUUUUGAGAAGGAAUUCUCAUUUCUGAACAACCUCCUAAGUUCUGGUUCUUCAAGUACUAGUGAAUUUACCCAAGAAUGCCAGACUGCCUUUGGGAGCCCCAGUGCCAGUCUCACGUCCCAGGAGCCUUCCAUGGGGUCUGAGCCCCUCGCUCAUUCUUCUCGAUUCCUUCCUUCACAACUCUUUGACCUUGGCUUUCAUGUGGCUGGAGCGUUCAACAGCUGGGUCUCCCAAGAGGAAUCAGAGCUUCGUCUUUCACACACUGAUAACCAGCCAGUGCCUUCACAGAGUCCAAAGAAAUUAACAAGAUCCCCCAACAAUGGCAACCAAGACAUGUCAGCCUGGUUCAAUCUGUUUGCAGACUUGGAUCCACUUUCAAACCCAGAUGCUAUUGGACACUCAGAUGAUGAACUUCUUAAUGCUUGACUGAAGUUAUAAUGUCACUUCAGUGGCCUUGAGACAUCAAUUUUACAACGUAUUUCCUUUGUGGAAAGUUUAGAUUGUAACCCACACACAAAAGCAUGGUGUUUGUGAAUAUAACACCUGUCAGCCAACUUUAGACAGAUGGUAAAGACCACAUUUGAAUAAGUACACAUCUUUCACAUCUUGGAUUUGCAGCUGUUGGUACUAUGUGGAAAAUAUUAGAAACUACAGAGUCUGCGAUAUUUAGAUACUGAAAUUUAUGUCAAAAUAACAGCUAGGAAUAAUUCUGUCAAUAUGGAGUUGAGCUUAUUUCUUUGGAAACCCUUUUAAGUUGCCUUGCUGGCUGUGAGAAUUUUAUAUGUGGAUAAAAAAGAUGGCAUGUAAA